AUGCCGCCUGCCUCAUCGUCCGCCGACAAAUCGAGACAAACGUCUGCCGGGAAGUCAUUCUUCGGGAGGAAGUUGCACAAAGACAAGUCGCCUGAGGAUCGUUAUGAUGGAUAUCAAAGCGGAGGCUCAGUAGGAGGAGGCGGUGGGUUCGACGCUCUAGCCCCUCCCGGAAGCUCCGCAGGUUCUCGCUCGUCUCGACAUUCGAAGCGGUCCUCUGUUCAGUCUUUCGACAUAGGCUACGGGUAUGACGCGGAUGGACUUGCCAUGACUGCCGGUGUUAUUACGUCUCUUCCGUUCGAUAGUGUCCCGGCUGACCAGUCACCUGUUCCAAUCGACACCAUUUCAAAGCCGGAAGUUUCGAGAAUGGAAGCCUCGCCGAAUUUCAUUUCCAAGAUCGGGGGCGACUUUCAUCAGUAUCCGGCAUGGAGUCCCCCUAAGCAGAAUGGUUAUCAUUAUUCCCCUUUUCCGCCGGCUCCACGCCCACCACCCCAUGGCUCGAAUGUGACUAUGGCCGGAAGCACUUCGGGGGAUAAGGGCGCACGCUACCAGCAGUGGGGUGCUCGUCCGGGAAGCUCUGCGGCAAAUGGUGGAUUCGGUCACAGUUCAUCCUCUACUCUGGAUUCCUCGUCGAACUCUCGAACGUCGCUUGACCAAACGAGUAUUUAUUCUUCUGUUUCUACCAAUACACGGGGCUCCAGUCAUUUUUCUUCGGACACCUCAUCACGAACGCUUACGACCUCAAACUCUGCUGAUCGCGCUGCACAUCAUCAGAAUCCUGGUUCAGGCCGCUUUCCGAACGCUCAGACUGCUUGGUCAACCGCGCAGUCCUCCAUUCCGCCUUCCAUGACGCCGGAGCAGUAUCUUACACGGCCCAAAGACGAUCGAGUGGUGGACCAAUUGUUUCUCGAGUUGAUGCACAAGCGAGGAUGGCAGCAUCUCCCCGAACAGGCAAAGAGGCAAAUGAUUUCGUACCCUGCUUCAAAGAAAUGGACCCUUGUGCAUCAGGAUAGGUUGACGGAAUUACAAGGAGAACAAAGGAGGCGACAGAACGCUAGACAGACCCAGGGAUACGAUGGGCCUCCUGGGAUUCUCGAACGAGCUGAUGAGGAAGGGAGUCCUGAGUGGUAUGUGAAGAAGGUGAUGGACGACACGUUAACACCAAAGCAACUGGCCAGUUUGAGUGUCAGCCUGCGGACUCAGCCAAUCAGUUGGGUAAAGGCUUUUGUUGAAGCGCAGGGCCAGGUUGCCUUGACCAAUGUUCUCUCGAAGAUUAACCGUAGAAAGGCCUCGGGGCCAGUUCCAGCACCACUUUCUGGAGAUAAGGACUUGGAUCGUGAAUAUGAUAUUGUGAAGUGUCUCAAAGCUCUGAUGAACAAUAAAUAUGGUGCCGACGAUGCCUUGGCACACCAGCAGGUUAUUAUAGCUCUGGUGAACUCCUUGCUGUCCCCUCGGCUUAACACGAGGAAGCUUGUCAGCGAGGUUCUCACUUUCCUAUGUCAUUGGGCCGAUGGGCAAGGCCAUCUGAAGGUUCUCCAGGCCAUGGACUAUGUCAAGAACCAGCACGGUGAGACGGGUCGCUUCGAUGCUUGGAUGCGUAUUGUCGAAGUGACUGUUGAUGGUCGUGGGAAGAUGGGAAGUCUGGUCGGUGCCAGCGAGGAAUAUCGCAGUGGAGGAAUUGGCAUGGAGAACCUGCUCAUGGAAUACGCUGUUUCCACGCUGUUCCUCAUCAAUAUGCUGGUUGACACGCCGAUGAAUGAUUUACAGCUUCGCUGUCACAUUCGGGCCCAGUUCAUCUCUUGCGGCAUCAAGCGCCUCUUGUCGAAGAUGGAGGGCUUCCAAUACGAGGUCAUUGACAAGCAGAUAGAACGGUUCAGGGAAAAUGAGGCAAUUGACUACGAGGAUCUUCUUCAGCGAGAGAAUAGCAGCGUGAAGGAGGGUAUAGAAGGUGAGGUGAAGGACAUGGGCGAUCCCUCUCAAAUUACGGAGGCGAUUCUAUCCAAGAUCCAGGGAAGCAGGUCCUACGACUACUUCCUCUCCGCUAUGCAACACAUGCUUCUGAUCCGGGAGAACUCUGGAGAAGAUGGACUGCGGAUGUUUCAACUUGUGGAUGCAAUGCUCAGUUACGUUGCCAUGGAUAGAAGGCUUCCCGAUCUCGACCUUCGACAGGGGUUGACUUUCACCGUGCAGAGCUUAUUAGAUCGCCUGCACACGGAUGCUGAAGCAAGGCGAGCCUACGAUGAAUCUGUGGAGGCCCGUCAAAUCGCGGAGGCGGCAAUAGCCGAACGCGAUGAGAUGAAAGCACAGGUGGAACUGGGUGCGGAUGGCUUGGUGAAAAAGCUGCAGAAGCAGAUCGACGAGCAAACAAAUGUCAUAGAACUUCAGAGAAGACAGAACGAGACUCUCAAGGCAGAGCUUGCGGAAGUUCAAAGACUGCGUGCUCAGGAACUGCAGCGAAAUGAACUGGAAACUCGUGAGCUCUACCUCAUGCUCCGAGACGCUCAGGACAUUGCCGCAUCGAAUGCCAGAAAGAACAACAUUGCAGAAACCGAUCCUUCACUCAUGAACGGUAUUCUUGACCGUGAAAGGCUUCUAGCGAGAUUGGAGAAACAGCUUGAAAGGACCAAGACGCAAUUCAAGCUGGAGGGCAAAAUUUGGGGACAGCAUGGGCCAUCUGACAGGUUGCGUGAAUUGCGCGAGCAAAUGGAUGGAGAUGUGGAUAUGAGCGAAGCGUUCCAAGAGCAGACUCGUCGUACCCUCAACACCACAACCCUUGGGUCGACGGUUCAACGAAAACGGAGCCAUGUUCCUCAGCUUGGAAGUAAUCUCCGAGCGCAGCACGAAGAGCUGUCUUCGGCUGAGGACAACGAAGAAGAGUUCGUUUACGAAACGCCACGGCUCAUUGAGAUGCAUCGACCCCGAAUGAAUGCUAAGCAAGCUGCUGGCCUUUUAGGGGAGAUCACCUCAAAAGUUCCUAGGUAUGGCGCUGAGGAAACAGAGUCUGCUGAACCCACGGCGGAAGAAAUCCUUGCAGGAGUCAAGGUGGCCAAGCCUACCGAAGAAGUUUCAUCUUGGGAUGAAACUGCAGCAGGGAAGAAAGCAGUACCACCACCUCCCCCGCCGCCGCCGCCUCCUGGAUUUUCGGGAGCCGUACCUCCACCACCACCUCCUCCUCCACCUCCACCUCCUGGAUCUAUCGGAGGACCUCUCGUGCCCCCGCCCCCUCCAGGGGCACUUCCGAGGACACUCGGAUUCUCUCCUCCUCCUCCUCCUCCUCCUCCUCCUCCCCUCCUGGAUUUUCAGGUGGAGCCGUACCUCCCCCGCCUCCGCCACCUCCUGGAUCUUCCGGGGGUCCUCCCCCCCCACCUCCACCACCUCCUCCUCCUGGCCUUCCUCCUGGUAUUGCGCCUGGUGGACCGCCGCCUCCCCCUCCACCUCCUCCUGGAUUCUCGGGAGGAUCCGUACCUCCACCGCCUCCACCACCACCUGGAUCUUCCGGGGGUCCUCUCCUACCCCCGCCCCCUCCAGGGAGUCUCGGGUUUCUUCCUCCUCCUCCACCUCCUCCUGGUAUUGGAUUGCCGGGAGGUUGGAGGGCAAACUAUUUGGCUUCCCAGGGUACUUCCGGCCCGACGUUUAAUAUGCCAUCGAUUCGCCCGAAGAAGAAACUCAAGGCUCUACACUGGGAGAAAGUUGAUACUCCUCAAGUCACAGUGUGGGCCUCCCAUGCACAAUCUCCCCAAGCGAAAGAAGAAAAAUACACCGAGCUGGCCAAAAAGGGUGUGUUAG